AUGAAGACGAGGACAAUCGAUACGGCGACGACGGUCAUUGUGCAGCGGACACCGCCGUCGAGACGGCCGGCACAGCCGGCGACGAUGCUGUCCGCCGUCACCGCCGCGUUCAGACCGCUGCCGCUUAUACUGCAGGCGUUGGUGCUGCUCGACGUCGGCGCCGUGUCCGCGUCCAUAUGCAAAUCGAAUUUGUGCACCCGCGAACAGUACUGCUGCGGCGACGGACAGUGCUGCGACAACGUGUACAGCCUCUGGUACUUGUGGUAAGUGCGAGCUCCUGUCCACGCGGCCGGUAUAGGCUUCCCGCGGGGGGCCGGUCGGGCAGUAACUCCGAUACGGUUCCGACUGCGACACUGAAAUCGGCGUCUCUAAAUCCCGAAUACUUAUACUCGUUUCGAAGUGUCUUGCCCGUCCCCGUCGCUUUUUAAUAAUACUAUUAGGUCAGGUAGGGUAAGUGUGUAAUAGGGGUAAUUGUAAAUAAGGCUGGUAUACUGAUAAUAUAAAUAAAUUAUAACCGUUGUUAGCAUUAUUUAAUAUAUUUUCACAAAAAGUUGGCCGAAAAAAAGUGAAAAAUAUUCAUUUUCAUUUGCCCCAUACACAAUACGACUUUAUCGCUUGAGUUUGUUCAUUUACAUUUCCUCCAAAAAUCAACAGUUAAUUGCAAAUGUCCGGGGUAAAUGUAAAUUGCAAAUUGUUUAGGUUCGGACUUUGAAAUCCGUCAAAAUUGCAUUGAAAAUAUAUUUAUUACAUCCACUAACAGUGAUAAAAUUCAUGUGUAAGUAAACAGUCAACAACAAAAAUUAAAAAAUGCAUAGUUAAAACCGUUUACGGUUACCCCGCCUAUUAGGGAAUACAUUACGUAUAAGUAUUCGGCGAAUCGCAUAAAAAUCACCAAUUACAACAAUAAACGAUAUUUUGUUAUAACGAUAUAUUGUAGAAUACAGCGAAAUUUAUAAACUGUUUAGUCUUCUUUCCGCGUCAAAAACAAUAAUAUUAUUGGAUCGCAAUCAAUGACAGCAGUACAAAGAAGCCGCCACGGUGGCAUUUGACGUAUCCUCGUAUGUGUCGUAAGCGUAAAAAAUUUGUUCACGUAAAACGAAAAGGCUUUUAAAAAAUCCAAAUAGACAAAACGCGCGUCACGUGUUUUUUGUUUUUUUUUUUUUCUGUUUCUAAUAACAAUUGUUUUUAAUUAUUAAUUCAAAACGACGGCCGUCUUCAAUAUGACGUCAUCUACAAAUUCGGCUGCGUGUUGUUUUUCUUUGUAACCGAAUUCAAAACACUUGCCGUGCGAUACGCGCGAACACGUCGACUAUACCCCCCGUAACGAAAACUAUCGUAACUCGCGGGUGUUUUUAUUUUUCAAUCCGUUUUCAACGGUCGACGAAAAUAAUUGACCGGAAUUACUAAUUAAUUGAUUUAAAUAUCACUUUCUGAAAUUUAGAACAAUACCGAUAUUAUUAACGGUCCCCUUCUGUGCGCCGGGUUUUGAAAAUAUCACGGGGUUUCGCUGUUCUAUAAACACGUGUACAGGUUUACCUAAAUCUCAUCAAAUAUUAUUUAUUUAUAAUUUCCUUAAAUUGUUCGUUAAACAAUAAUUACUGAAAUAUGGUUAUUUGUUGUUUUAAAUGUAUAAGAUUUCAAUAGUAUUUGUCAUCGUUUUACAAUUUACACUCUUUCUCUGCUAUUAAUAUCAAAUAAAAAAAAUCAUCUUUCUCAAUUAAUUUUUUAUAAAUAAAAUUAGUAUUUUGAGAAUGUACAUUACAAAUAUUGAUUUUUUUUUUUCUUAUAAUAUGAGAACCGUGGGAGGAGGCUAAACUCCGCCUUAUCAAGCUCAUGGGAGGCUGCGGCCCCAGAACCUUCCUGUACACGGCACCUCUGUUAGUUUCUUAUCGCAUGACGCAGCAUUGAAGGAUCGCGGUUAUGCUGAAAUUCGAUAAAUUAGAUGGUCCCUCCACCUUGAUAAAAAUUAACUAAAGUAGUGCAGAUAUUAUUAGAAAAUCGCGAAUUGAUUUUUAAAAUUUGUAAAUCAAGUGCAAAGUUGCAAAUUAAUAAUUAGAUUUGGGGGGCUACCUUCAUGGAGCCCAUUCCCCUUUUCUUUAAUCGAUCCACUAUUAAUGCACUGUUUUAUUUUUUGAGGGGGGGAUGUCCUCUUUUCAGUCUGUUCCCGUAUAGGCCCUAUAGGCAUGGACCUGCAGGGUUGUGACAGUUUUCGUUACCUGAGUCAACACGUCUGCUAUACGUAUGAAUAAUUGUCUGUAAAAAAAAACCGGAGACGACAAAAAUACGAGACUGUGGUGGACUACGGUUUAUAAAACGAAAAAUAAGAAAUGUUCGUGAAAUUCGAGUCGAACGACAGAUUCAUAUUAUAACUAUUGCAUUACGGAUAAAAGAUGAACUUCGUUUUGUCAGAGAUAGAUGAAAACUCGUUACCAGUAAAGCGCAAUGAACUCGGAAAUCGAAAAUUAUGCAUCUUCUUAAGAGGACGUUACACAUGCCUUUUUUUUGUUUCUGCCUUACAAACACAAAUAACAUGCUUACGUAAACUAGACACAAAACUUGCGUAAUUUUGGUUUUAGAGUAAAAGCAUCUAUUAUAAAAUCAAUAGAGAACAAUAUUCCGGAGGGACGCAAGACGUUGCGUGUUUUCGAAAAAGUUUUAGCGAAUUAAAAAAUCGUUGAAAAAGUCGUUAUUUAUGCGCGUCUAAUUGGCGUAUUCGGAGAACAUGGUGGAACAAGUGCAACGGUUUUGCCCUCCGGAAUAUCGUUCACUUUUGACUUUAAAAAAGGCGUGUUUUUACUCUAAAACCAAAAUUAAACAGAGUCCUGUGUAAUCUGCGUGAGCAUGUUUCAACAAUAUAUAUCGCGCGUUUGCGAGACGGAACGACAGAAUGCAUAAUGUGUACCACCGAUUUUUACCGGAUUUUUUUUUUUUUAUUUAUUAUUUUACGGUUUUUGUUUGCGUAAUCGAAUAUCUACAAUAAGUCAUGCCGCGAGUACCCAUUUCACUUUCCGGCGGUUUAAAACCGAUCGUGAAUGUUAUUACCCCCCGUUAUGAACGCCGUUUAAAACAAGGCUCGUUAACCGUAGGUAAAUGUCAACAACACAAUAUUUCGUCAUUAUAACGAUGGUAAUAUUUUUAUUGUUAACGGUUCGUGUAAUAUCGUAGCGGAGGUGUAGCCGUCAUGCUGUUCGUCGUCGGAUCGUUUUGCCCGGUGAUCAGACAGUGCUGCUGUCCCCGUACCACGGUGAUGGUCAAGUACGUCCCGGUGCCCACGUCCCCGACGAAAUUUGUAAGUGCAUAUUAUUUAUUAUAUUAUACAAGUCUUUUAUAUGUAUUAUCGUUGUAAUUCAAAGGCACGAAAAGCCCCGAUAAGUCACGUAAAACGUAUUACAAGCGACGCGUAACGUGAUUAAGAUACGCGCGAGGGACGCGGAUACGUGACAUAAUAAUAUUACAACGUUAGCGGAAAAAAAAAAAAUUGAAAAAAAAACCGAAUUGCUUGCAAAUCUAAAAAAACGUUUAAAACGACAGCGCGCGGUGUCGUCGUUACAGGGACGUCUCCAGACCUUGACUAUGGAGAGGGGGAGGGGCGAAAUAAUUAAAUUUAAUAUUAAUGAUUGAUAAGAAAAAAAGAUUGACAUACUUCGCGCGAUGGGUGGACCACUGUUGUAGAUAAGAAGUUAUGAAAGAUAGGAUAUAGAGGGAAAGUUAACGUAUAUCUUUAAGCGAAAAUUAAUCAUUGCUCACGAAAAACGAUUCUGAGCCGAGCGCGGUCAAUAGUAUUGCUUUUUUAAAAAUUUGUAUAGACCUGCAGCAAUUAGAUUUGUUCCACAUAAUUUUUUACUAAAACAAAUUUCGUCAAAAUUUGAUAUUGAAAUUCUUUUAAAAAAAAUAUACUACAUUAAAUUUAAUUUGUUUUAUUUUAACCACAAAGUGCGACUUAUAAUUAACUUCCUAUUCAUUUUUCAAGUAUUUCUGUUUUGUAUAACAAUAUUAUCCACAAAUUACCUACCAAAUAAAAAUUACUCACAAAAUUAAAGUAUAUACAAAAAGUUUAAGUAUGGCUCAAAUGUGUUUACAGUUUUACCACGUAAAACAGGCAAAUAAGUUUUUUGCCUAAAUUUCAAAUCUCUACGUAUAUUUUUAACUGAAUUACAAAAAAUAACACUAUAUUGAAAAUAAUAAAAACCAUGAUUUUCGUAAAUUUCCCGUUUUUCCAAUGUAAGUCUACUUCUUUCGGGGGUAGGGGCGAUCACCCCAUCACAACUCUUCCACAGGGACGAGCCUGUCGUCGUAUGCUUUUUACCGGGCGAUUUAAAUUUGUUAUUUUUUCCCAUCCCACCCGUAGGAUCUUAACUUUUUCCCCGAAUCGCAAACCUCCUCUUUUCAAUAUAUAUAUAUAUAGCCACGGACCCACCCCUCAUAAAAAAACAGCAAUUUUUUUAUUCCGACGACAAUAUUAAGACUCGUAGAGUAAUCAAUCGUUAUAGUUUUCGAAUUUUGGUUUGAAUUUCGGUGUGACGUCUAUACACAUACUAUCGUUUUGGUUACACGUUAAUAUGACCAGACGCAUACAUCAUUUUCGACGUCCAAUCGUCAUUUCGUUGCGAUUGCAGAUCAUUUUCCUGGCACCCCUACUUUCGAAAUUUGGAAUCCAAACCGCCAUUGUAAAUCAACUGUACGUCGAGAACGGGGAUAGAACAAACGAAGAAGGUUUCGGAACAAACAAGAGCAAACGAAGAACAAUCGAAAGGCCCCGUUUCGGUUCCGAAAUUCAAAAAUGGGGGUGCCAGGGAAAUGGACUUUGCGAUUGCGACUGAUGACGGAAAUCCAAACUUAUAAUUUGUUCGGUUUACUCUCGAAAAACUCGCAGGCCUUCCACGGACCGCCGUGUAACCACAACUGCAGACCUCCUAUACGGGUCGAAUCCCCGGGCUGAUGGUUAUCCGAUUAUAUAACGAUAAAAAUAAUUCUAAGCGAAAUUUGAUUGAUAGUGUUCUUUUGUCAACAUUAUGUAUAUCAUAUUUUGGUAAAAUAAUUUUACAUGCAUCCAACAUUUUCUUUUAUAAUUUUUGUUUAAUAUCAUUUCUUCUGUUUUCCCCCAUCUAUUGGGAAAACUCCUUAGAAAAACAAAAAAUGACCUCCCUAAAGUACAUCUCUAGUCAGAUUUCCUUUUAGAAAAUGUUCAAUUAUUGAAAAUCGGAGCAAAAUUUCUGGAAGAAAAGCGUUAUCCACAGAAAAAUAUUAAACAUCAUUGUAAAACCAUAAGCUACUUCGCUUCACUGAAAAUCUAAAAAAAAGUCUGAUAAAUUUCACGAAUCACGCAAUCAAAUUAACCCGCACAUCCAUAACAUACACGAAACGCAAUAUUUAUCGUUACAUAUACAGUAUGGCCAGAAUUCGGCCAUUACGCCGCGGUGGGUAGCGGGAAGGGUCUCUGGGGGCUUAAGUCCCUCUCCAAGUGCACCGUGUUCUUCCUAUAGAUUUAUCUGCGACAUGAUAUUUUAAACACAUUAAUAAUAAUAAUAAGAACAACGACAGUAGGUUAAAUUGUGCUCGGAAUAUAUAUUGCCUAUAUAAUUAUUUUACCAUUAUAUUAUUAUAUACAUACAUCUUGUUGACAAAUUAACACUAACAAUCGCAUUGUUUUUUCGUUAGCAGUGAUUUAUAGUUGCUAUACACUAAAUUUGCCCUCUAUUACCUUUCUAACUCCUCACCUAUAACAGUGGCUUCACCAGUUCCCAUUCUCCUAGGACAGCUUUUUCAACAUACAUUUUAAUUUUAGGGCUCCUUCUGUACAUUCUCGACCCCUUUCUAUGUCCCUUUUCACCGCACCAAUGACGGUCGAAACCGACCUAUUUACCGAAUGGAUGCCCUUAGCGAAUACGCUUCCACUUAAUUAUUAAAUUCUGCUGUCGCGUCUAUUCUAUCUGUUUUUAUCUUUGUAAAUAAGUUAUAAGUUAAUUGAUAUUCCAUAUCCGUAUUUUAGCCUCUUACCGCUCGCCUGUAACAAACGUUAAAAUAAAAUAAAAUAUAACCGAACCGCGCUUAACGACCGAAUUACUACAUUUUUCUCUCUCGAAACUCCGCAAUAAUAUCCAUCACGCGUAGGUACUCGAUUUUAUAAUAUAAAAAUGUAUGGACAUCAUGACCUCGGAUUCUUAAAUUAUAUUUUACUUUAAUAAACACAUAGUAUCGUAUUCCGCGAAAAUUUUUUUAUGCAGUGUAUUCCUUGUCCGCGUGGACUAGGAGGACGCCCAAUGUUUAAGGGGUCGCGUAUAGGCAAUUUUAACGGGAGUGUCUAUAAAACGGAAUUGUUUCCUUUAUUUAAUAUUGUAUACGCAUACAUUUUUACGUUUUAUUAUUCAUUUAUUUUUUUUUUUUAUUAAUGAGUUAUGAUUCGUACAUAUCGAAAGUAGAGAAUCAUGCGCGAAGCAUGAAAUUUAAAAAGCUGUCGUGGGAUAAUUUGAACGGGUGCAGCCACUGUUGUGGGCAAUUUAAUGUAUAUCUGUAAGCAACGAUUAACCAUUGAUAGUGUUGUUUUUUCAACAAUGUAUGCAUACAUGUCAUAUUGCGAUAAAAUAAUUACAUAUACAUUGUAUAUUUUCUUUAAUAAUAUCUGUUUAAUAUCGUAUCUAUUUUUCUAUUUAUCGGAAAAACUCCGGAGGAAAUCAAAAACAUGUACCUCCCCAGUCAGAUUUCCUUUAAGAAAAAGUGCUAUAAUUGUGUUUAUUGUGCUAUUUUGUUUACGGUUAUUCCCAAUCAUUUUUAAAACACCUUGGAAAAUCGAAAAAUGACCACUUAAUGCUUUAACUUGAUAAAAUUUAAUUUCAGAAUAGACGCUACACCUCUAUACACGGGAACAAAAUUUCUUUUCGAUAAAUUGAAAAACCGACAAAAAAACAAUAAUAGUACACAUAGUAAAACCAAAAAACCGUAUAGGUGGUAAAGGUUCUUCGCAAAUUUUAGAUAUCGACCAAUUUUUACGUGUAUUUUUUAAAAUUUAAACUUCCCCGCGUCGUUGGCUCGCGGGACCUCGGCACGCGAUACGGGCCCCGGAACCCCCGUCCCACUCCCCGCGGCGUACCGUUGCGGAAUUAUAAAAAAUGCACGUAACGUUAUGUACGUCGAUAUACUAACGAAAGUGGGUGUUUUUUUUUGUUUUGUUUUUUGUUCCUGUUCGGUUUGCCGUUCGAUCGACCGCGUUCGCGUCCUCAAGAAAUACUCGGACCGCGGCGACAGCGGCGGCAAACUGCAGUGCACCAGAGUGGACGUGACGUUACCGAUGCCGCCCCCGGCCACCACGACGGACGUGACGAACUGCAUAUAACACACCGGCCGUGGUCGCCGCACCGCUACCGCCAACUGUAUUAUUCGAUAUUAUUACUAUUAUUAUUAUUACUGUAUUAUGUUAACCGCGUAACAACAAUUAUCGCGAACAAUCGUAAUAAUUUUUAUUAUUAUUAUUAUUAUUAUUAUUAUUAUUAUUAUUGUUAUGGUCCCGCGUGGUCCGCGGCCACUGCCGGUAGCAGCAGCAGCAGCAUCGAACUCGGGGUUGUUGCCCCGACGAAUCCGAAUCGACGGCGGUGACGACAUUAUGGUAAUAACACUGUUCGGUACAAAGCGAUGUUAACAUUAGAAGAUAAGACACUAGACCGGGAUCGGACAGUGACCGCUGUCUAUAAUAGGCGUACAUAACAGUCGUCCAGACAGACAGGCCCCCUGUCUGUCCCCUCGAACAGGCUGCGAACGCGGCUGGGCCGGGGCAAAAGCCGACCGGGUUCGACCCGCCUCUGAACGCCUGUAGUUGUACAAAACGUACGGUAAUUAUUGUUUAGACAUUUUAGCGUCCAGCGAGUCCGCGGCACGGACCGAAAAACUAGCGAAUCCGACUAACAAUACGAUCAAAUUAUAUAUUAUCGUAUUAGGCGCCCGUCCGCGUAUUCGAAAAAAAAAAACCGCACGUCACUUAGUUUAUACACACUGUGUUACAGCUGCAGACAGGCAACGAUACGAAACCGUAGGAGUGCGCGGACUUAGUUCGCAGGGUUAGGGGUGGAGGGCUCCGCGUAAAAAACGUCCGAACCAGCAAUGUUUCUCGUUGUGACUACACACAGUUUGUACGAUUAUUAAAUAUCUGCCUUCAAUUUGCGAUUUCACGGGGGAUUUGUAUGAAAUAUUAAAAAAUACUACUCUGCUGAUACAAAACGAAAAUAUCAAAUAGACGUUAAAAAAUAAAUCAUUAGUCGUAAUUAUAAUGAUAAUACCGAUAAGACAAAUUAUUAAAAUUCAAAUAAUUUACACUUAAAUAGACGGACAUACUUCGCACGAUGGGGAGGACACUUUUGUACGGGUGAGAAGUUGGGAAGGUAGGAUAUAGAGGGGAAUUUAAUGUAUAUCUGCACGCAACGAUUAAUCUUUGCUAAUAAAAAACGAUUCUGAGCGGAGUUUAGUUGAAUACAUGUUUUGAAAUGCCGUAAUAUUUACGAUUUUCGUCAAAAUUUAAUGCAACAUUUUUACAUUACACUCAUUUUUUUUUUUACCACAAAAUAAAACUUAUAAUGGACCUCUUGUUAAAUUUUCAAGCAUUUUUUUUUUUUUUGGUCUAACAACUUUACCUACACAGUAAAUACCAUAUAAAAAUUACGUAAAAAUUUGCAAAAUUAAAAUGUCUAUAAAUAGCUCAAAAUGGCUAAAAUAUUAAUAUUAUGAAAAUGUUACCAUGACUAGAAAAAUCAAAUAUAGGUUUUCCGUCCUAGUUUCUGCGAAUAUUUUUAACUGAAUCACAAUAAAAAAAAAUUAAAAUAAUACAUUUCGUAAAUGUUCCCAGUUAUUCCUAAGUUUUUUUCGGUUUAUUAUGAAAACCCCUGGAAAAUCAAAAAAAUGACCAGCCUAAAGAACCACCCCAAUCAAAUUUCCUUACAGAAAAGGUGCUAUACUAGAAAAUCUGAGCAAAAUUUCUGGUAAAAAAAGUCGUGAACAGAAAAAUAAAAUAAAUUAACAUCGUUUUAAAACCAAAACAUUCCUCGCUCCGCUCAAAAUCUAAAAAUGUUUAUUUACAACUCCAUAAUUCUACUCACAGGAACAAAGGUUUUGAAUAUCUAUAUAAUUAACAACUUCAUCGAUGUAAACCUUAUAGUCAAUUUCUUGCUCGAGUUGCUCGUAGGCUCCUUCAAACGAUCUUGUGUCUUGGUGCUGCGCGAUUUGGUUUUUACCAAUCGAUUAUAACAAACCCCUGCCCCUCCCACCUCCCUCAAUGCGCACACUUAUGAAUGAAAGGACAAUUGUAUUUAUAUAGAUUAUAAUUGUAUUACAAAAUUAACACUUUUUUUUUUUUUUUUCAUCAAAAAGAUUAUAAAGUAAUACUUAAGUAUUUGGAUGCUAUACGCGGAUUUGGCAUACGGCAUCGUUGUUUCAUCCCGUAUUCGUUUGCGAUACAAUUUGUACACUCGAUUACAGUAUUAUUAUCCGAAAAACUUCAGUCGAAAUUUAAGAAAUAUUUUUAUUUUUUCUCAAAACCGAGACGUUCCGGCGUUUAUUUUCGGGUAGGUACACCGGUAUAGCGGGUCGAAAGCUGGCGACGGUCCUGGUUUUCCGGGACGUAUAUGGCAACCCUAUAAGAGUGUAUAGACUGUAUGCGUCGAUAUUAUACCGAAACUGCGUUAUUGUAGGUAUUACACGGACGAGAUAGUACGAAUCGUAGAAGUAUUUUAGACAAGUGCCGUGGAUAAGGAAAAGUAUAAACAAAAAAAAUGCACGUCUCGAAUCGCAUUGUUUUCACGCGGGCCACAAGUUUAGCCCGUACAGAAAAUAAUAAUAAAUAAUAAUAUUACGAAUCGCUGUACCACUUAUAAUUAUUUCCGUCCAUACGCGUACCUAUAUCUAUAUUAAUUAUUAUAUUGCGAUUCAAAAACACAUCCGCAUUAUACGAACCCCCGAAUAAAAAUCACUAAAACUUCGGUUUCCGGGGGGGACUUUCGUUCCGAACAGAAUAUCAAUAUUGCACGGGUUCCGCCCGAGAAAUACAAUAAAAACAUUUAAACAACGUUCGGUACGUACGUACCUACCUACCUACCUACCUACCUACCUACCUACCUACCUGGGUAUAUGCUAGCCAGAAGGACGGGACAGAAUGGAGAAAUAUCGAUUAUUAAAAUAAUAUAUGCUAAACAACGCGAAUGGGUCGCAUACAUAAUAAUAAUAAUAUCGUAGGUAACGAUAAUAGUAGGUAUAAAGUGUAAGACGUUAAAACGAUAAUAAUAUAGGUACGUAAUUUCAUACGAUUUUUCAAAUGCUUUCAGAGUAGCGUUAUACCUAUUAAUAAUAUUGUGUGAACAAAAACAAAUAUAUCAAAACCACUUACCGCAUAACAAGACCUUCGCAGCAAUUCACGCAGAAAUACCUAAUAAUAUAAUAUCUAGGUACCUAUUAUUUCUCAUGGACUGGUAACUGUUUUCGAUGUUACUUAAAUCGCCUGGUAGUUUCAAAAUUUGGUUCCCGUCGAAAAAUUACAGUAGGUGUGUUCACUUUACCGAGUAUUUUUCAGUGAUUUCCAUUUCUCGAACAAAACUAGGUGUAUUAUAAUAACAGUUUCGCAUUAGUACAUUAAUACAUACGAAUUAGCCUUUUUUUUGUAAUAGUACGUAAUUUAAUUUUAAGACUAUUUUAUAAGUAGAUGACCUACUACUGAACUAUUUAUUUAGUAAUUUAAGCGUAAUUCAAGGGAUAGAUGAGAAAAUAAUAGAAAAUCUCUCCCACGUUAAUUUAAUGGUACCUAAUUAAGUGCCAUGAUUAUAAUUCUCAAAUUCUUUGUGUCAAAAUUUCAAUGUUUUUAUUCAAUCACUCGCUUUCAAUAACGAAAGAUGGAUAUUUGAAUUCAACAUGUGAUUAAGAUUAAUUAUUAAUUGUUAGUUAUUAAACUUGUUUAAAAAAAAAAAUCAUUUAUAAGUUAUAUUAAAUAACUAAAUAAAUGUAAGAAAAGUAUCAGUAUUAAAAUAUUAUACGGCUGAAUAAAUUUGUGAAUGAUAUAUUUUUUAAAUGUAAUUGUAAGACUUAACUAAUGGUUUAUAUUAAUCAUAUUAUAAUAACUGUUACCUAUGUAUACUAGUUUAAGAAGGC